AUGGAUUUAUUCAAUCACGUCUCAGAGCAAAUGGUGCAAUUGGGCGAAAGCCUGAAGGAAAGUGUUCCUCGUGAAGUGCGAUACUUUUUAGGCGCAGGAGCAGCUGUUGUUGGGAUUUACUACUACAGGAAAUAUAUUCAAGGAGGCCAGUUUAGGAAGGAUCAUGUGAAAAUGGACGGGAAAGUUGUGAUUAUAACAGGAGGAAAUACAGGAAUUGGAAAGGAAACCGCGAUGGAUUUGGCAAGGAGAAAUGCCAAAAUCUACUUGGCGUGCAGAGAUCGCGAUCGUUGCGAAGCUGCGCGACAAGAAAUCAUCGAGAAAACAGGAAACACAAAGAUUUACAAUCGUCAUCUUGACUUAACAACUCUCAAAUCAGUGAGAGAAUUCGCUGAAGAUUUCGUGAAGGAAGAAGAAAAGCUUGAUGUUCUUAUUAAUAAUGCUGGAGUUCUCUAUGUUCCUCACUCUAUAACUGAAGAUGGUUGUGAAAUAACAAUGCAGAUCAACCACUUGUCGCACUUUCUGCUGUCUCAUCUUCUGCUUGAACCCCUGAAGAAAGCUCUGCAAGGGAGAAUCGUGAAUGUUUCAAGUCUCGGUUACAGAAAUGCAAAGAUUGACAAGAAUGAUCUGCAUUUCGAGAAUUCCAGUCCAACAGGUUUAAUACGCUAUGCAAAUUCUAAACUCGCCAUCAUUCUCACAGUUCAACGCUUAGCCAAGGAAUUGAAAGGAACCAAUGUGACGGUUAACAGUCUGCAUCCUGGAUAUAUUCAAACGACAAUUACUCCACGAAAUACAGGAGUCUCAAAGAUAGCAAGAUGCAUUAUUAAAAUAAUUCAUCCGCUUUUGAUGACUUUCUUUGGGAAAACAAGAAAAUCCGGCGCUCAGACGACAAUUCGAUGCGCCGUUGAUCCUGAAUUGUCCACAGUUUCUGGAAAAUACUUCAUCGAUUGUGAAGAAGUUCAGGACCAGAAAAUGGCAUUUCAAGCUAAAGAUGGGGAAAUCAGUGAAUUCAUUUGGCGAGAAAGUCUGCGUCUGGCCAAGAUUCCCAGUGAUUUUAUUUACAGCAAGUAA